AUGGAGGUUGGCAAACCUAUCCGCCAGAGAACGUCUUGCCGGAAAGAAUCGGUCAUCCUUUUUAAAAAUUUAAGUCCAGCUAGGUCCUUCACGAUCAACAGCACAUCCUACACAGACAGGGAGUUCUUCUCCAAUCAGCCGAGUCCAUCGCAGAGGGUACGGCCUGGGGGGCGGUUGGAGUUUUCACAUCACAUCCCUGGUGCGGCGCUGAAGGACAGUGCUGUGGUCUUCUUCCCCACCUGCUGCUCCUCGGCCGAGAGUGGCCUCCUGGUGGGGCGAUGGAUCCCGGAGCAGAACUCUGCCGUGGUCUUGGCCGUGGUCCACUUCCCCUUUGUCCCGGGCCAGGUGAAGCAGUACCUGGCCGAGGUGCGGCGCGCGACCCAGGUCGCGGUCUCGGUGUUGGGCUCCUGGACCCACAGCACACCGGCAAGGGGGGAGAAGAGCCUGGACCGGUUCCUCGAAGACCUGGGCACCAUCUUCUCCCACGACCCCUGGGUCCAGCUCGGCAAGGAGCACGGCAGCAAGUUCUGGAGCUGCAGCGCCGCGCGGAGACGUCCCGGCGGCGACGAGGGAGACGAGACCAUCCUGGUCUAUUACGACCAGCGCAAAGUGAUGCUCUCGCAGCUGCACCCGCCCUGCGUCCGGGAGGCGGGGGUGGCCGCCGGUGCCGCCUCUCCGGACUGGAAGGCGGAGAAGGCCUCUCAACUCGCCGCCCUGUUUGACACGGUCUCCCAGAGCCGGCUGCUCUUCACGCAGGACAGGUACGACGAGGGGCCCGUCAAGCUCACCCACUGGCAGUCGGAAGGGGUGGAAGCCAGCAUCAUCGUGGAGCUGCUGAAGCAGGCCUCCGGGCCCGCCUGCGUGCUGCUCACCUUCCUGCUCUCACUGGUCUCCCGCGUCUGUCUGAGCAGAGCACUGACAUUCUGGCCGCUGUCCUUCAUCUGGAGCAAACUUUCCACUUGCCAGCAGCUGAGGCACCGCCUGCAGCACCUCCAAGUCGUCAGCAGCACCAGGAAGGCCCCAGACCAGGCCCAGCUGAUGAGGAAAGCCAACAUCUUUGUUUCCCUCCUCCUGGACGUGGCCCUGGGAAUCCUGCUGAUGUGCUGGCUGUACCAGAAGGAUCGGAUCGGUCAUCUUGCUAAUGCGCUCAUCCCGAUGGCUGAUCUCGUUGCCCAGCAGCUCCAAGACCUCCUGCAGUGGCUGAUGGGCGUGCCGGCGGGCUUGAAGAUGAACCGAGCGCUGGACCAAGUCUUGGGGCGGUUCUUCCUCUACCACAUCCACCUGUGGAUCAGCUACAUCCAACUGAUGUCUCCAUUCAUCGAGAUGAUCCUGUGGUACGUCGGCCUGUCGGCCUGCCUCGGCCUGACCGUGGCCCUGUCCAUCCUCUCCGACAUCAUCGCCCUCUUGACCUUCCACAUCUACUGCUUCUACGUCUACGGAGCCAGGCUCUACUGCAUGAAGAUCUAUGGCUUGUCUUCACUGUGGCGCUUGUUCCGCGGGAAGAAGUGGAACGUCUUGAGGCAACGAGUCGAUUCUUGCUCCUAUGACUUAGACCAGCUGUUCAUCGGCACCCUGCUAUUUACCAUCCUGCUGUUUCUCCUCCCCACGACAGCCUUGUACUAUUUAGUUUUCACUUUGCUCCGUCUGCUGGUGGUGGUCGUGCAAGGCCUGAUCCAUCUGCUGGUGGACCUGGUCAACUCGCUGCCCUUUUACUCGGUCCUGCUGCGUCUCUGCCGAUCGUACAGGCUGGCGU